AUGGAGGUGAGCGUUUUAUUGGUUCUCUUGUUAGGUGGCGUAGGCGGCUUCCGCUGGGGGGUUGGAGAGGGUCGUGUCGGUAUUCUGACGGUUUUCCGCGGUUGCUUUCGCCAGCAGGAGAUGGGGAAGAGGGUGGUGAGGACGGUGCGGGUGCGGAACAUCUCAGAUCUGGCGACGGAGCGGGAGGUGCGCGAGUUCUUCUCCUUUUCCGGCGAAAUCGAGCACGUCGACAUCAGAUUUGAUACAGUGGCGUCCGGGAGGACGGCCUACGUCACAUUCAAAGAUCCCAAGGCUCUCGAGAUUGCAGUUCUCCUGUCGGGAGCAACAAUUGUGGACCAAAUUGUGAACAUAACCCCUGCUGAAGAUUACAUCUACAUCCCUGUUACUGAACAGCAACUUAUGGUCCAUGAGGUGACAAGUACGAGUUCAGCUCCUAAUGCAGAAUUGGAGUACUCCUCAGAGGCCAAUACCAGUCCCAAUAGCCGUGUCUAUGUGAGCAAGGCCCAUGAUGUCAUGACAAAUGUGAUUGCAAAGGGUUCAGCAAUGAGACAAGAUGCUGUGAACAAGGCUAAAGCAUUUGAUGAGAAGCAUCAGUUGAGGGCUAAUGCAUCAGCGAGGAUCAAUUCCUUUGAUAAGCGUGUUGGCCUUUCGGAGAAGAUAAACAGUGGGAUAUCAGUUGUCAAUGAAAAGGUGAAAUCAGUAGACCAAAGAUUGCAUGUUUCUGAUAAAACAAUGGCUGCUUUGCUGGCUGCAGAGCGCAAGCUAAAUGAUACAGGCUCUGCUGUGAAAACCAACAGGUAUGUGUCUGCUGGAACAAGCUGGCUGAAUGGUGCUUUUAGCAAGGUCGCCAAGGCUGGUCAUGUUGCUGGCUCAAGAACCAGAGAAAAGUUCCAAUUAGUUGUGUCAAAUAUAACAACCAAAGUCAGUGGCUCUUAA